CGGACUCGGAGCUCACGGCGGAGGGGCGGAUCCAACAUGACACCGGCAUCUGCUCUCUGAAUCCUCACUCACCCCCGACUCUCUUGGACUGGAUAGUCCAGCCUUUACAACUCUCUUUUGUCUUUAUUGAAAGCUGCCACAUGCGCGCACGGUGCAAUAGAGGACUCCCCCGCGCGCCUUCGCUGCUGCUCCGGAUGGGCUGACAGCGGCAACAUUGGAUGGUUCCGUCCCGCGGUGCAAACUUCGGGCUGGUGCAAACUUCGCGGCUCAGCCCAGUAUGAUCGUUUGCAACGUGAGCCUGAGCUGUGCGCACUGUCCCGGGGGAGGAGCCGGCGGCACGGCGGCGACGGACGCCUACGAGGAGGUGUCCGGUUCUCUCCCUCCUCCGUCCCUGAGUCCGAGGGGGCACCUGGUGGUGGCGGUGUGCCUCGGCUUCAUUGGCACCUUCGGGUUCCUCAGUAACUUCCUGGUGCUCGCGCUGUUCUGCCGGUACCGGACUCUGCGCACGCCCAUGAACCUCCUGCUGGUGAGCAUCUCUGCGAGCGACCUGCUGGUCAGCGUGCUGGGCACCCCGUUCAGCUUCGCGGCCAGCACCCAGGGGCGGUGGCUGAUCGGACGCGCUGGGUGCGUUUGGUAUGGGUUCGUUAACGCAUGUUUAGGCAUUGUCUCCCUGAUCUCCCUGGCCGUCCUGUCCUAUGAACGUUACUGCACCAUGAUGAAGCCCACUAUAGCUGACGGCAGAGACUUCCGCCCGGCGCUGGGAGGGAUCUGCUUCUCCUGGCUCUACUCUGUAGUUUGGACUGUACCUCCACUACUGGGCUGGAGCAGAUACGGGCCCGAGGGUCCCGGCACCACCUGUUCAGUGGACUGGAGCACCCAGACACCAAACAAUAUCUCCUACAUCGUCUGCCUGUUUACCUUCUGCUUGGUCCUGCCGUUUAGUGUCAUCCUCUACUCCUACGGCAAGCUGCUGCACGCCAUCAGACAGGUCCGCAGUGUGAGUUCAGUGGUGACCCGCCGCAGAGAGCAGCGGGUGCUGGUGAUGGUUGUUACAAUGGUGGUGUGCUACCUGGUCUGUUGGCUGCCAUACGGAGUGGCAGCUCUGCUUGCGACUUUUGGCCCCCACGGCCUUUUGACACCAGAAGCAAGCAUCACACCGUCACUGCUGGCCAAGUUCUCCACUGUCAUCAACCCUUUUAUCUAUAUAUUCAUGAACAGGCAGUUCUACAGGUGCUUCAGGGCGUUCUUUAGUUGCUCCACCCCCGAGCGAGGCUCCACCAUAAAGACAUUUUCACGGCCGACCAAGACGCUCCGCACCGUCCGCCAGGAUAAGGAACAACACGUGUCGGCUCCUGCCCCCUCUUCAGUCCUGCCCUCGCCCAAAUCUAUCCACGGGUCCUCGGAGGGAGCCAAUCACAUCGCAUCAUCUCCACCUCCACCUCCAUCGAAUGGACACUCUGCUGCUUCCCACACUCCUGCUGCUAACACCCCCAAACCCAAACUGAUUCUGGUGGCUCACUACAGGGAAUAAAAAGAGGAACAACAACAGGAGUUGAACGUUUUACAAUAGUGACAAGCAGGACGCAGGUCUCCAAUUAACAACCGAAUCCUUUCAAUAGUCAAAAGGUCAAAGUUGCAGUGGGACUCUUAGAUACAAGCUGGGACGUUUUAAUCCCAGGACAGGUUAUCAUCGCUCUGUGAAGUCAGUAAACAGGGAUACACACUAAAUGCCAGUCUCACUCUGUUUACCAGAGGCACUGUAUGCACAGCAGGAGAAUAGGGCUAAGCAUAGUGCUUUAUGUUGAUAUUACACACAAAAAAAGCCACUUAAAUAGGUCAAGCUUUUUGCUUGUAUUGAUGAAGUAUCUUUGUUACGUAACUAAAUAAUGUUCUUUCUUAAUCUGAGAAAUGAUUCAGGAACAAUUUGGAGAAGCACAGCGUUCUUUGGCGGAGAUUUCAUUAAUUGUUUGGUGUGUGUUUUUGUAAACGGGGCCAUGAGUUAUUUUGUCGGUUCAACUACGUAGCUACUGUUAGCAGGAUUACUCUUUCUUUUUUCGGCGAUAAUUCGGCUGAAGAAGCGGGGUAAGCAUUUUUUUCCUGACCCCAUUUCCACGCCUGAUAUUUGAGGAUUUGAUACAGAGUAUUAAAGAUUUGUCAAACAAUUUUAUGCAAUUUUAGAGCUGAGAAGGUUUUUAUCAUGCCUUUAUUUGAACUUUGCUGCGUAUAGGCUCUCUGUCGUCGAUGCUGGGACUGUUAUGGAAGCCAAUAAAAGCACAUUUCACCAUGUUGAGGGACAUAAAUUGAUUUCACUGUUUUGAGUUGUCUCGAUGUUUCUGCUGUUUCUCUUUGUUUAGUGGAAACGUGGUUUUGUGUUGUCUCCAGAUGUAUUUUUGUUUGCUUACGUAACAAA